AGAGAGAGAUUGAGAGAGAGAGAGAGAGAGAUGGUCUCCAGGGAGCAGAAGAAAGCUGCUCUGCAUGAGAAGCUGCAGCUCCUUCGUUCUGUUACUAAAUCCCAUGCACUUAGCAAAACUUCUAUUAUAGUAGAUGCUUCAAAAUAUAUUCAAGAGUUGAAGGAAAAGGUUGGUGCAUGUUCCCGGGACGUUGCAGAAGAUAAACCCUUGCCCAGGGUUACAGUUGAAACCAUAGAAAAAGGUUUCCUUAUCAAUGUAUUCUUAGAGAAGAGCUCCCCGGGCUUGUUGGUCUCUAUUCUGGAGGCAUUUGAGGAGCUGGGUCUUGAUGUGCUGGAUGCUGAUGUUUCUUGCGCUGAUACAUUUCGCCUAGAAGCAGUUGGAGGAGAACAGCAAGCUGAGAGCAUGGAUGCUCAGGUGGUGAGGCAAGCAGUGCUGCAAGCCAUCAAGAAAUGCACAGAAAGUUAAGAGCAGCAAUGACGAUAGGAGACUUCUGGCCUUUUGUCUUAAGCGCAAGCUUGCUUUUGGUUUGGAGUCUCUUCUUUUAGUUGUGUGUUUGAAAAAUAUAUUUAAUGAUGUUAGGCUCUUCUCUCUUUGGUCAAGUAGGUAUCAAGAACAUGGAUAAUGUUAAAUUACAUAAAAUAAAUCUUAAAAGUUGAAUAACUUUGUGCUUGUAAUCCUUGGUUUGACCUGAGUAUUAUGGAUGCAUGGAAAGUGAAUUAAUGCUCUUGGUCAGUUGAGAUA